CAUCACGUGGUAAAGCCUGCGACGGCAAAUAGAAAAGAGAUCAUUAUUUAGAGAAAGAGUUUGAGAGGAUUUACGAAGUAAGGAUGAUGAUAGCCUAGCCUCCGAAAUUUUAAGACAAACAUGACAUGUUGGACUAAAGUCUAAUUAAUCAAAUGUUGUUUUUCCUAGAUAUGCGGUAUUAUGUGGUCGGUUUUCACAACUGUACAAACCGCAUUACCCGCUGAAACAACCACAUGUCGUAGACAUUAUGAGCUUUUACCAAGAAACAACAUAAAAUAAAACGAAUCAGGAUGAACACAUCCAUGAAUUGGUCGUUCAUGUUAAACAAAAGUGCAGUGUCUACUUCAGAGGAUAAUUUUUUCAACGCUAUUGUUUUCUUGGACGCCAUGUCUUGUGUCUUCCUGGUCUUCGGAAACUUCUUUAUUCUAUCGUUGAUCCGGAAGAAGCGCCUUCUGGGAAGGUCCACGAACGUGUUCAUCUUCUCCAUCGCCGUGGCCGACUUCCUGAACGGUCUGAUCGCCAUCCCCACACACAUCAUGUUCCUCUACCACAGGGAAACGAUCUAUCUGUGCAAGUGCUUCCGGUUUGUGAGUUACUUGACUAAGACUGUGGUACCCUACACCAUAGUGUUCAUGACGGCGGAGAAGACCAUGCGAAUCCUGUGUCCCACACGUGAGAUCGUGACCGUGGCCCGCUGCAUGUUCUGUACCAGUCUCCUCUGGUUCUUCUCCUCCUCUUUCAACAUUUGGAGCGUUGUUCUCUUCACGGCUGUUCCAAUUAUCUCCCCCAAGAACGAAUCUUCGUCGGAGAGAACCUACAAACGUUGUGUGUUUAAUCAGCGCUUUCUGUCGCUUCACAGUUUUUUCUUAUUGAUGGAUUUGUUUAUUCUGUUUCUGGUUCCGUGUACAGUUAUUCUUGUCCUUUUUCUGGUGCUUGUUUUCAAAUAUUUCACGAUUCUGCGCGAAAGGAUAUUAACGUACUUCUUUGUGGUCAAGCUUCUUCUGGCGCUGUCACUUAACGUUUUGAUCACCCACGCUCCUUACCAAGUGAUGACGUUCCUGGAGAACUCUCCUCACGUCCAGUCCACGGAACGAUUCCUCCUCUCCAAUCUCCUGACUAGUGUGUUUUUCACUCGAGGAAUUUGGAAUCUUGUGAUAUACGGAUACUUUAAGCACUAUGUUUGUCAGAAACAGAAUUUGGCCAGUAUUCGAGCAGGAAAUUGUCCUCCUAAGACCGAGUCCUUUAGACUACCAUUACAUCGCAGUCGACCGAGCAAUGCGCGUCAAAACAUGAUGUGAUAAUUUCUGUUAUUUUUAAGUGUUUACAAAUAAAUAAAUGAAUAUAUAGAGGAACAAAAAAAAACCCACUUACAUUAAGCCAUUCGGCAUGUUAUUUUAAUUCUAUUUGCACCCACUAGUUGCAGAAUAUGUAGUAAGACAUAUUUUAGUAUUCUCGGCUACAAAAAGUUGUUGCUUAUU